CGUGCUGUUGCGAUCGUUUGGCAAACGUGAAUAAUAUAUAUAUAUAUAUAAUUUAUUCAAUGAGCUCUAUAACAAAUAUCAGUCAAUAUGACCUCUUUCGCAUAUUGGACUACGUAAAGACAAACUGCGAAAUACAGAAUGGCAAUGAAUCUGUGUACCCCAUCAAGUAUGCUGAUAUCUUUAACUUUGCUGCCACCUGCAAGAUAUUUCGACGCAUCGUUUGGGAUUGGUCCAGAGAGAUGUAUCACAGCUUGGAGUUAGAUCUGCUGCAUGUGGUGCCCCACAAACGAAUUACUGUCAAAUUUAUUGAGAUUCACGAAACCCUGAAAAGAGCAACAAAGCAAAAGAGAGACCGGUACAUGGACAUUUAUAUUAAGGCAAUGAUGGGCAAUCCCCUUCUUAACACCAUUGAGCUGAGCUAUAAAACUGAGAAAUUCAUCAGCUCCCAUCAGAGCAUAUUUGAUGAAAUAAUAAAUGGACUUCAGGGCAAUGCUGACCGCAUAAUAUUGGAUCCGUAUAAAAUUCCAAAAUUUAAAGAAAUAAUUGUGGAUAUAGGAGAUCAUCGCAUUGAAAACUUAGGGCGCUUUCGCAAUAUAUCCAAAUUGACUUUAACCGCAAAUUUUGAGAUAACCGACCUUGCAGAGUUUUGCUCUAAAAAUCCUUCACUGGUUUCCUUGGAAGUGAAUGCAAAUCCGUUUUUUCGACUAUGGAAAAAUAACGCAAAUCGUUCCACACUGUCCAAACUUAAAUUCCUGCUUAAUGAUAAUGCAAUGGAUAAUAAUUACGUUAAGCUUGCACUUUUGAAUAAGCUAACACAAUUAGAAAUCGAUUGGAAACCGAUAUCUGAGCAAGUUCUUUUUUUUAUCCCUAAUGAUAAUGUAGCUGAAGACAAUGUCCCAAUGGAACAUUGGGAUAGGCCACAUGACUUGGAAAUGGAUGAGGACUUCACAUCAAAACGACCCAAAAUGGACAGCGAAUACGAGUCUCUAUUUGAAGGAGUCACAGAUUCAAAGAGACCCAUUCAAGUACUUCAACUUCUCAAAGCUUUCAGCGAAAAGAAAAAAUCAAAACUUAUCCAAUUAUGUUUAAAUUUCGAUAUUGAUGAUGAAAUGCUGCAGACCAUUGCACAAAUUAAAAGUCUAAGAAUGUUGAAGUGCGGAUUUUGCGAUCCCAAAAGCAUAAGACACCUGAAAUGGCAUCCAACACUAAACCGAUUGACUAUACUUAAUAAAGGCCACUUAGUUACGGAUGAUAUUGCAGAUUUACUGAGAAAAAAGUGACGGUCUCAAGUUUUGAUACAAAACUGUCGUUUACCGGAAGGGGACACCUAGCUAUUUGCACAAGAGAUGCGGAAAUGUUUCGAUUUGUUAAUUUUGAACCUUUU